AUGAGUGACAGCCUAUUUGUCAGUUUGGACAGACUUUUGCUAGAAUUUGUUUUCCAGUAUGAGCAAGAUAUAAGUACUAAAGAAGAUAUGAUUCAACGAAUUAAUAAAUGCUUUGAAGAUAUUAAAGAAAACAAAGCGACUAUUUGUAAGAUACAUGAAACUAUAAAUACAACAGAUGAGGAAAUCGGUCAUUACUGUAAACAUAGUAAGGAGAUCAAAGACAACUGUAGUAACUGGAGGCCAACAUGUGAUGUAUUUCAUAAACAUGAAAACUAUAUGCAGGACCAGUUUACUAUUUAUCAAGAAACUGUUGAAAAAGACAAAAAAAUGUACCACGGUUAUAUAUGUCAGUAUAAAGAUGUUUUAAAGCAAUACCAACAAAAAUACUCAGAAACACCUCUUUCACAUGAAUAUUAUGAGAAGAAAAGAGAACAUGAAGAAAUUCAAAACAGAGUGUUGGCACAUACUGAACAACUAAAAAUGAAUGAAACUAUUUUUAUGGAAUUUUUAGUGCCUGCUCCCUUUCCAUCACUUACCAGUUGGACAUUACAUAUGGUUAAUUUGAGAUGUAAAACACAAGAUACUCUUAAACAUGCCAACAAAUUUUCCAAAAGAUCAUAUGAAUUGAAGAAAGAAGUAGAUGAUGUGGAAAUAGAAAUUAAUUAUUUAAACCAGCAGAUUGCAAGACUUUAUGAAAUGAAGAAUCUUUCAGAAACUCUGGAAGAAAAAAAUAAAAAUAUAGAAAAGAGAAAGGAAUCGAAAGAAAGAAUUUUUGAAAAAGAUGAACAGCAUGUACUUACGUUGAAUAAAACCCCUCAAAACAGUCAAUUAUUUCUUCCAUAUGAAUCUCAGAAAUUAGUCAAACCAAUAAAGAUGCAUCCUUCAGAACCAAGAGUUAAAGAUAAAAAAGAAGAAAGUUCUGUGAAGCAGUCAAAACUUGCCAAUAUUGACUUCAGACAAAAAGAAAGUGAUAUUCAGGUAUUGAAUGACUCUGCUGUGAAUAACCGUUCAAAGUGUUCACAUGUUACGGCUUUUAAAAGUUCACAAAAUUUUAUGCAGUUCAGAUUGUUAACUCCACAGAAACAAUCAAGUUGCAAUCAAUGGUUGGAAAAGGGAGAUACAGAUGCUGAGUGUGGAGAUAAAGGGACAGUAAAACAAUUGAGAGAAUCAAAAUGUACUUCACAAGUUACAUAUGCCAAACAUUUGGGAAAGCCAAUAGAAAGUAAUAGUGAUGAAGUAGAAGAAAGGGCUGAGAUUUUUCCACAAACUCCUGAAAUUCCUUUAUUUUUAAGGACUCCUGAAGCUGUGAGAACACCUGACUCUGUGGAGAAAUUACCUAAAACCCCCUCAUUUGAAAUGAAUAAAAAUAGAAAUACAGCUACGGAAUGUCAAACACAAAAGGAAUCCCCUGGAUUUUCUUUUUUUAUGAGUUAUACUUCUAGAUCUCCUGGAUUGAAUUUAUUUGAUUCUUCUGUAUUUGAUUCAGAAAUCUCAUCACAUCAGUAUAAUGAACAUUAUUCUGCAGGAAAUUUAAAUCUUCUCUCAUCACAACAAGAAAUUGGAAACUUAUUUGGGAAACCAGAAGGAGAAGAUACCUUUACUUUUUCUUUUCCAUCGGACUCUUCAACUCAUACAUUUGGAGCUGGAAGAGAUGAUUUUAGUUUUCCAUUUCCAUUUGAACAGGAUCAAAACUCAACACCUUCUUCUGUAAAAGAGUUUUCAUCCUCCUCACAAAAUACCACACAAUUUACUUUUUUUUGAACUAGUUACUAAUCUAUUGAAUUAUUUUACUACUCUGUAAUCAUCUAGGGCAGAAAUUUACAUUAUUAAACUAUGAAGACCACUUUCUUUUGAUUAAAGAAAUAAUGGGUUACCAUAGUAACAUUAU